AUGGGAGGCGUCUCCUUCGAUGUUCGAAGAGUCAGGACUUCAGCUUUCCCACUUCGCCUGAAUGAGGCGGUGAUGAAAGACCGCGAAUACUUGGUGGUGAAGCAACCUCGUCCAUCGGGCGCCAGCAUAUGCGUUGAGACAUUUGAUGAAAUUGCGACGGAGUUUGCCAUUCUAUCACACGAAGGAAUCAAAAGUCACCCAAACAUAAUCGACCUAUGUGGUGUAAUCUGGCAUAACUUUGGUACACCUGAAUCUCCGCGAAUUGCUCCUGCCUUGGUGUUGGAGUUUGCCGACUUUGGCACUCUCAGCUCUUACCAGGCUCGUGGUUUGGGUCAUUCCCCCAUUGACAAGUUCGACAUUUGCGACGAUGUUGCUCAAGGGCUUUACUAUCUACACGGAUGCGGCGUUGUUCACGGUGACCUGAAGGCCUCAAAUGUCCUGAUGUGCAGGCAUCCGCAGCGAUCUUUUGUGGCUAAGCUUUCAGAUUUUGGCUUCGCUCUCUCCUUGGACGACGAAGUACCCAGGCUCAUCGGCUUUACACAAUACCUCGAAGCGCCGGAGACCCACAGCCCUUUACAAUCAAAAUUUCUUGUCCAACUCGACGUAUAUUCGUACGGGCUAUUGGUACACUCCGUUCUAAAAAAUGGGGCACAGUAUUACGAUGUCAUGCCUGAAGGUGGUCGCCGGGACCCAAUUGACAAGAUGAAGACGUCCAAUCUACUUCCCAGUAUAUUACAAAUGAAUCUGCUGAAGAGCGAAAAGUGUCUCUUGCUCAUAUUCUGCAAGAUUAUCGCAUACUGCCUACGAGCGGACCCAAGCGAGCGCUUUGGAGGCAUUGCCCAGAUUUUAAGUCACCUCAGGUUGGCAAAUCCACGAGAUCUGGAUCCGUCGUUGCAUGUUGGUGAGGACAUGUACAAGUCAGUCCGUUUUCCGGUUGAGAUGUAUCAGAAACGCAAAGGGCUGUUGAGAACAGCCUUCGAGCAACGGCUCGCAAGCUAUUUUGAGGCUGUCAAAGAUCCCAUUCCCAUGAUUGAGGUUCUCAAGACUAUGUACACAGCUAGAAUGAAUCUUGAAAUUGAUAUGGUCAUAUCGAAACCAAGCGCAUCAGAUGUUACUCAUUAUGACUGCCGACCGGGAUUGGAUCUUACCUUGUGGAGGUUUAUUGAAGCAUUGUCGCCUCCCCACUUGGAGAACCAGUCGGACAGCCAGGCAUCCCUUCCAACCGAAUUCUUGGCUACGAUACCACCAGGGUCACGAGUCUCGCUCGAACAGCAACAGUCAGCCGAUCUUUCCGAGCAUGACAAAACCCUGAAGAAGCUGCCAGCACCUGUUCAACUGUUCAUCGUUCAGGAACUGCAUCGAUGGAGAAACUAUGAAGACAAUUCUGCCCAUAAAUCAUUCGCAUUGUUUAACUUGGGUUAUUGUUACAUCGACGGAGUUGGCACUAUUGUGGAUGUUGAUCACGGGAUAGAGCUGAUAGAGCAGUCGGCUCGAUUAGGCUGCGUGCCAGCUCGAAAGUUCGUCCUUGGACUGUACGCAGCUGAUGGACAAUUGCCUGAUCUUGAACAGGCAGAUCUGUUUGAAUGGUGCAAAACUACAGCCCAAAAGUAUCACAGACUACCACCGAGGGUGUGGAGCUUACUCACAUGGGAAGCCAAGGGACGCUUACGAACGGAGCUGAUGUCGGAUCGAAGCGCCCAACCUACCAAUUCGCCGGAAGUGAACACCUCUGAAGGCGCGCAGAUGUCCCCGGCCAUAGAGUUCGAGCUGGCCUCACUCAGUGAGAGGGUCGAUUUGCUGCAGGAACUCCUCCAUGCGCAUCCUAUGCUUGUUGAGACAAGGAAUGCUUACGGCCAGACGCUGUUGAUUCGAGCUUGCCAGUCAGGGAAUCUCGAAGCUGCAUUGGCUCUGAUACAACAUGGCGCAGAUGUGAAUGCUGUUGACAAUAACGGGUUUGUGCCCCUCCAUUGGCUGAUAAUGUUUUCCAAAAACGAACAGGAGUCCUUUGUGAACGCUCUCGCGAACAGACACAUCCAGACGGAUUCUUCAGGGACAUGGCCGCGGUCGGAGGGUGCACCGUACAAUCUGCGAGGCGGGCCCCUAGUCGAUGGGGUUCCUCUGCGCUGGGCAAUCGCAAUCGGCGACCUUCAUGCAGCUGACUUAAUUGUCUCACUGGGAGCAGACCCGGUUCGGUCCACGCCUCAUUUGAUCUCCCCCUUGGACUACGCAUGCAGAGAAUGUGAUGUCGCCAUCGUGCAAAGACUGCUCGACGAACCCGACAUACGGAAAGCUGCGCGAGAUUAUCGCCCACUGCCGGGAGACGACCACUCAAUAAUCGUGAAUGCUCUAUUCUGGGUACUGUGCGGCGGCUCGAGAUUCGCGCGAUUGGCAAGGCAAGGUCGAGAGUAUCAGAUCAAGGCUGAUCAAACGAUUAAAUGCCUUGUCGAAGCUUGCGUGUCGUGCGAGGCUGUCCUGCUCACCGGACCAUUGAAGAUGUCAGCUCCAUUCGCCACCGCCUAUCACCACUGCAACGCCGAUUUCAUGCGAUCUGGGCUGGCUAACGGAUUUCUUCCUUAUGUCAACUCAACUUUCGGUUCAGCAUCGGAUGGAGGACCAGCCAUGGCACUAACCAUAGCACACAGAGAUCGUGAUAUGUUCAGCUAUCUCCUUGAGGCAGGCGCAUCAGUGACAUGGCGCAAUAUGAGCAAGCUAGGCCCGCUCAGUCUCGUCGGGAAAGAGCUGGAUGACCCUUGGUUUGCUGAGCAACUGCUGCAGAAAGGCGUUCCUUUAGACGACGAGGAAUGUCCUCCGACGGCAUUUUGUCUAGCUGUCUUCUGCGGCAAUCUCAAGGUGGCGAAAUAUCUCUGGGAUAAAGGCGCCAACAGAGACAUCAUGGGUCCUGACAUGACAGUGCUCGGUGAAUUGAUUGGUCUGCGGACUGCAAACGCUGCUGAGCGCAUUAAAUUUGUCCUUGAUCUGCCAGAUCGCCAUGGCUCCGACGGAUUCAUAGUCUUCCGCCCGCCAGGCCGAAAUGAAGGAAUUUCCGCCCUCCACAUUGCCUGCUCUCCUCAUUUUGCCCCUGCCACUUUUUCGGAGGAUCCCGAAUCAGCAGAAACCUGCCGGCUGACGAUUUCGCUUCUCCUGCAGAAGUAUAAAGGUGCACAGUACGUGAACAGCACACUAGCGCCACAUCACAGCGUACCGCUAGGCCUUGCCAUUGAAGCAGGUAACCACCAUGCAGUGCGUCUUCUGAUCGAGGCUGGCGCCGACCCUAACGCGAGGGACGGGUACGGGCGAACGCCCCUGGAUAAGCUCUACUGGCGCUACUACUUUCCCGAGACGCUAGGCGUUCUCAAGAGCGUACGGGACGACAGGCGCAAGCUGGCGGAGAGGUUGGGAUUUGUGAACCAGAAUACGUCAGAGAUCUUGAGCCUCUUGACGUCCUAUAAGGCGAAGGUCAAUACCUUUCGAUUCCCGGCCUGGUCCCAGGGAGAUAAUGGGUACAGGUCGACCGAGUGGGUUGAGUUCAGGCUCAACAAGAUUGCCGAGCACCUGCAAAUUGUUUCAACGAAGCCAGUAUGA